AUGUUAUUACAAUGCAUAUUGUUAUAUUUAGCUCUGAUACACAGUGGUGAUUGUCAGGAGUAUGGCCCGAAGAUAUGUUUUCCUAACGACUUUGUAUUCGGCGUGGCGACGGCUUCGUACCAAAUAGAGGGAGCUUGGAACAUUUCAGGUAAAAGUGAAAGUAUCUGGGACCACUACACCCACGAGCAUCCAGACCGAGUAUUUGACCACACUAAUGGGGAUGUAGCUGAUGGCUCGUACUACAAAUUCAAAGAAGAUGUUCGGCUCAUGAAACUCCUUGGCGUCAGCAUGUACAGGUUCUCUAUAUCCUGGACAAGGAUACUACCUAACGGGUUAAGCAAUGAGGUGAAUGAAGAUGGUCUUAGAUAUUACCAGGAGCUGAUAGAUGAACUGCUUCAAAACAAGAUCGUCCCACUAGUAACGAUGUAUCAUUGGGAUCUACCCCAGAAUCUGCAGAAUCUAGGAGGGUGGACAAACCCUAUAAUGGCUGAUUACUUCGUUGAUUACGCUAGAAUCCUUCUCGAUAAUUUCUCGGACAAGGUUAAAAUUUGGCUGACAUUUAAUGAGCCCCUGUCGUUUUGCCAUGAUGGAUAUGGUGGAUACGACGCACCUGGCGGCAGAUCCAGUGGAUUUGAGGACUAUAUGUGUGGUCAUAAUGUCCUGAGAGCUCAUGGCAUGGUCUACCGCUUGUUCAAUGACGUUUAUCGGAAUUAUUCUAAAGGUCACAUGGGAAUAUCACUAAAUAUUCCAUGGAUGGAAGCAGCAAGCACUUCUACUGGAGACCAGAUUGCAGCAGAGACUGCUAGACAGUUUAAUUUUGGCUGGUUCGCCAACCCAAUCUUCUCUACAUCAGGCGACUAUCCUGCCGUGAUGAGAAAUAAAAUCGAUGUAAAUUCCGCAAGGCAAGGUUUCUCGCGCUCUCGUCUACCAAACUUCACGUCGCAGGAAGUGAAAAUGAUACAAGGCUCAUACGAUUUCAUGGGAGUCAACCAUUACACGACUUACUUGGCUCAGCUGGGGACGGGGAAAGUGCGAAUGGAACCAUCCUUUGAAGACGACAUGAACGCCUUUAUCUUCCAGAAUGAUAAUUGGCCGAAGUCGAAUUCUACGUGGCUCAGGGUAGUGCCUUGGGGCUUCAGAAGGGCAUUAAACUGGAUUAAAACUACGUAUAACAACCCUAUAAUAUUAGUAACAGAGAACGGCAUAUCAACCAAACCGGGUUUAAGUGAUGCCAAGCGGGUUCAGUACAUCGAUUCGUAUUUAAGGUCCCUUCACGCCGCUGUUACAAAGGAUCAUUGCAGAGUUAAGGCGUACAUAUAUUGGAGCUUAUUAGAUAAUUUUGAAUGGAUGAGAGGGUAUUCUGAACGUUUCGGUCUGUGUGAAGUGGACUAUAAGUCUGUUAACUUAACGAGGACUCCGCGGAAGUCUUUCUCUUACUACAAAAACGUAGCGGCCACUGGCUGUCUACCUGGCUUCUUAGGGCGAUACACGUACAGCAAAAUAUAA